GGGGCCGGCGCGCGCGGGGGCCGGCGCUCCCCGCUUCUCCCGGAAGUUCCGCCGGGGAGGGCGGACGUGUCGAUGCGGAGUCGCCGCCGCCAUGGCGGAGCCGAGCCGGCUGGAGCGGCUGGAGCGGCGCGUGCGGGAGCUGGAGGCGGAACUGGCCCGCGAGAGGCGGCCGCCGCGGGCCCCCAUCGAGAGCAUGAGCGCCGAGGUGACGGACUCCAACCCCUACAGCCGUCUGAUGGCAUUAAAAAGAAUGGGAAUAGUCAAAGACUAUGAGAAAAUCCGUACCUUUACAGUUGCAGUAGUGGGUGUAGGUGGAGUUGGCAGCGUAACUGCUGAAAUGUUGACAAGAUGUGGCAUUGGUAAGCUGCUUCUGUUUGAUUAUGACAAAGUGGAAUUGGCAAACAUGAACAGACUCUUCUUCCAACCUCAUCAAGCUGGAUUAAGUAAAGUGCAAGCAGCAGAACAUACUUUGAGGAAUAUUAACCCUGAUGUUCAGUUUGAAGUACAUAACUACAACAUCACAACGCUGGACAACUUCCAACAUUUCAUGGAUAGAAUAAGUAACGGUGCGCUAGAGGAAGGGAAACCUGUCGAUCUUGUUCUAAGCUGCGUGGACAACUUUGAAGCUCGCAUGGCAAUUAACACGGCCUGCAAUGAACUUGGACAAAUCUGGAUGGAAUCUGGAGUGAGUGAAAAUGCAGUGUCAGGACAUAUACAGCUGAUCAUACCUGGUGAAUCUGCUUGUUUUGCGUGUGCUCCUCCACUUGUAGUUGCUGCAAAUAUUGAUGAGAAAACAUUAAAACGAGAAGGAGUUUGUGCAGCUAGUCUUCCUACCACUAUGGGUGUUGUGGCGGGAAUUCUUGUACAGAAUGUUCUGAAAUAUUUGCUGAAUUUUGGCACUGUGAGUUAUUAUCUUGGUUACAACGCAAUGCAGGAUUUCUUUCCAACUAUGGCUAUGAAGCCAAACCCACAAUGUGGUGACCAAAAUUGCAGAAAACAGCAGGAAAAUUAUAAGAAGAAAGCAGCUGUGCAAUCAAAACAAGAAGUAAUAGAACAGGAAGAAGAAAUAGUACAUGAAGACAAUGACUGGGGCAUCGAAUUAGUGUCAGAAAUUUCAGAAGAGGAGCUGAGGGCUGCUUCUGGUCCAGUACCUGAUCUUCCAGAGGGAAUUACUGUAGCAUAUACUAUCCCAAACAAGGAAGAGAAUGCUGUAACUGAUGAAACAGUGGCAGAGUCUGAGGAAAGCCUAGAAGAACUCAUGGCCAAAAUGAAAAACAUGUAGCAAAAUGUAUUAAAUUUCUGGGAAUGUGGAUUGACAUUGGAUUAUGAGGAAAAACAGACCUUUUUUUUUUCCACUGAAACUUAUUUUGAACUUCUGAUGAAAUGGAACUGUUACUUGGGGUGGGGGGAAGAGACAGUUACUUUGUUUAUUUUUGUCUGCCUAUUCACAUGUCUUCAAAAUACAAAGUGCUGUUGAAGUUCUGUAAGUUUUAACUUCUCAACAUUUCUAGGGUCCAGAUACUCAGUGGAAAAUUAAGGGUGAUAGAUAAACUAUCAAAAGUUAGCAUAGCACGUUAUCUGCAAUGUCAUGUCAUCAACUGAGCAGAUAGUAUCAGACAAGUGAAAUGUGCACUCUGCUUGAGUGGACUGAAUAGGUCAAUGGCUGAUGAUAGUGCCUCACUCAUAUUGCUGCUUCCAAUCUUCCAUGCACAGGUACUAGUUACUUUUCACUGGUCUUUGUUUAAAUUCUUGGCAUGGAUUGUGCUGUGGUUAUUUUUUGUGAGUAAAUGGAACAUUUUAGCCUUUUCAUCACUGAGAUGGAAUAUAUUUUUAAAUUUCUCUGGUUUUGUCAGUUUUACUACUGCAAGUUCUUAAAUAGCUGCAUAUAUGUUUCCCCUGCGAUCAUGCUUUUGAAUAUGCCGUAACAAGGCAUAAGAGUGUUUUUGUUAGUGGAUGACUGUGCUAGCUGACAGGGUAUUAACAUGUCAUCACUUCAGCUGGCAGAUGAUCCUUAUGAUGAAAUCCAUAAGAACUACCAAUAACACUGGAAUGCAUAGGAGAUUUUGUCUCUCUCUUUGAAAAUCUAAAUAUUUUAUUUUUGUUCAUUUCUAAAAGCUUAACUAUAAUUCUGAACCACUCCCAUCUCAUGGGGUAUAUUAGAGAAUACUUAAUCUGAGUUGCAUAUUAAAGUUUCUAAAAUUAGAUGCUCUAAACUUUUAAUGUUGCAGAUAUCUUCAGUGGAGUAGCUGAGCUAUUGUUUUUGUCUUGUAAAUAAUGUUAGUACAGUAGUACUAACUUUUAAAUUAUCAUGUAUUAAACUGAUCUGUAAAUUAUCCUGUAAAUGUACACAUUCUGUAUUGCCAGUACCCUACAGAUGACUAAUAUACUGGAAGUACCAAUUUAAGAUAUUUUAACUGCUCUAGUUGUCUAUUGCAGAACUCUGUUGCUAUUUAGAUUUGGCUUAGAAGAAGGUACAUUUCAUUCUCUAAUGUAAUGCAAGUAUUUCCAACUUCUGCUGUUCAGAAACCUUUUCAGCACAGGAUGAUACCAACACAGAACUGCCUAUUACAUGGCAGUAGCAGUAUCCAGCUACUAGUAUUUUGAAGAUGCUUCUGUUUCUUAGGAUAGCUGAAUGAAUACUUGGUUAAAAAUUCAUUUCUCACUGCUGAGCUCUUAAGCAAUAGUUACAAGCUUCAAACUCUGUUCCCUCCAUAGUUCAUGCUAGAGAAUAUUUAAACAAAAAUAAUCUUUGAAGCUACUGGGGCUUUUUAGAGGAGAGAUGUAUUAUACUAUAAAACAGAAGAUGUGGUUUAGGUUGAGUUCAGUUCUGGAGAGACUACAUUUUAGGAAUUAACUGUACAGAGCAAGGGGAAAUAAAACAGUGAGAUUAAAAAGGUACACACUUGAACUGGCAUCAGAGAGAGUCCAGAGUCCAUCAUUCCAGAGUCUGCAUUAGCUUGAUCCAAGUGUCAAUUUAAGUGUUACUUUUAUUUCUUUAUGACAGACUUUACCUUUCCUUUGGGAACAAUAAAAAUGAGGCACACACUUGACUCCGGAGAUUGAGGCAAAUAGUUGACUCAUUUCUAUGACGACUCAGUUAAGCUUGAGACUAUUUGGCUGUAGACAUCACUGCUAUCACGUGAUUGAAAGCUUUACAAUAGACAACUGUUUACCAUUUUAUUUCAUGUACAGUUCUAGGAGCAAACUAAUAUGUUAUUGUCAGCACACCUUUUGGAGCAUGCAAAAGGGUUCUUGUAUUACUUUGUCACUUUCAACUAAUGCACAAGAAUUUGAAAUCAUUACAAAAUAAUCUGAGUGUACUAAUGGUUAAAAUUCAGUUCAGGACUGAAAAAAAAUCAGCUUUAAGAAUUUUUCCAAUUAAAAAGGCAUUUACAAGGAUAAUUCACUCUGACUGGAAAACCUAAUAGAAAAUCUAUGAUUUUUUGUUAUGAUGUAAUAAAUGAAGCGUAUUGCAACAGUUA